AUGAGGAACAUCGAGUAUUCUCUAGGUGAUUAUGUUUUCCUUAAGGUAUCCCCAUGGAAGAAGAUUCUACAGUUUGGACGUAAAGGCAAGUUAAGCCUUAGGUUCAUUGGACUGUAUCAGAUUCUGAAACGUAUGGGUCCAGUUAUCUAUCAGUUAGAGCUACCUCUAGAAUUGAAUCGUAUUCAUGAUGUGUUUCAUGUCUUCAUGUUGAGGUGGUAUUGGUCUAACCCAUUUCAUAUUGUUUCUGUUGAGGAAAUUGAGGUUAGACAGAAUUUGACAUUUGAGGAGGAGCCAGUUCAGAUUCUGAAUCGAGACGUUAAAGUCUUGAGGAGAAAAUUUAUUCUGUUAGUUAAGGUUCUGUGGCUGAAUCAUGGCACAGAGAAAGCCACUUGGGAACCUGAUGACUUAUUUCGACAGCAAUAUUCGCAACUGUUUAAAUCAGCUAAAUUUCAAGGUUGA